AUGGAUGGCAUUACAGGCAUCAAGUUCCUUGCAAUUCUCUUUCAUCUCUUUCACGUUGCCAAGGCCCAGCUCAGUUCCUGCCCCACCUCUCCAACCGCCUACACAGCCACCUUCGAGAAAAACCUCAAGACCCUCGUGGCCUCUCUCACAGCCAAUGCCUCCUCCCUUCCUGGCUUCUUUUACAACACCACGGUGGGCAAGGAGCCGGACCAAGUCUAUGGCCUGGUGCAGUGUCACAUAGAUGUCUCGGCCGAUGAAUGCCGCAGUUGUGCAGCAAUUGCUGGUUCUCUGAUCCUCCUGUUGUGCGCCAACUUCAAAGCUGGUGUGGUUUGGGAAGAAAAUUGCCUCUUGCGCUACUCAAGUGACAAUUUCUUUGGGGUUGCAGAUUUCCCCAGAGAGGCCCUGCAGAACAGCAAUGCCAUCUCUAAUCCCUCACAGUUCAGGCCAAUUGUGCUAUCCUUAUUCAGCAAACUCACCGGGUUGGCUACCACCAACAAGUCUUCCCUGUCGUACGCCACCGGUGCCGUUCCCUACGCAGACAACGUGACGGUCUAUGGAAUGGGGGCUAGAAUUUUAUCUGGAAGUUGUGUUCUGAGAUACGAGAUCUACCCAUUCUUCGGAAAGUUUUCAAAGCCGACGGAGUCGCCGUCCCCGGCGGCUAAUUAUGGGCCCCGCUCUCCUGCAUUACCUCUGGAUAAUCAUUCAGAAAAAAUGAUAUAUGAAAGGGAGACAUCAUUGCUUGACCUAAACGGGCCGAAUUACCAGCAUGGUACAAACUAUGAAGUAGCAAUGGUAGGACUUAAGACGGUUCGAGCAGCCACACAUAACUUUUCAGAGUUGAACAAACUCGGCCAAGGUGGAUUUGGUCCCGUCUACAAGGGUAUUCUCCCAGGUGGACAGGAAAUAGCAGUCAAGAGGCUUUCCCAAUAUUCGGGCCAAGGCAUAAGGGAGUUCAAGAAUGAGGUUAAACUGAUAGGAAAUCUUCAACACAAGAACUUGGUAAGGCUUUUGGGGUGUUGCACGGAGGAGGAGGAAGUGCUGCUCAUUUAUGAGUAUCUCCCCAACAAAAGCCUUGACACCUUUCUCACUGAUCCACAAAGGCGAGUAUUGUUAGAUUGGGAGACGAGACUCAAUAUUAUGAUGGGGAUUGCAAGGGGCAUGGUUUAUCUUCAUCAUGAUUCCCGACUCAGCAUUAUCCACCGCGACCUCAAAGCAGCCAAUGUUUUACUCGAUGAGCAGAUGAACCCUAAAAUUUCAGAUUUUGGAAUGGCAAGGAUCUUCAGUGGCAAUCAAACUCAAGUAAACACCAAAAUAAUUGUUGGAACAUAUGGAUACAUGGCUCCGGAGUAUGCUAUGGAUGGUUUUUUCUCCAUUAAAUCGGAUGUCUACAGCUUCGGCAUCUUACUCUUAGAAAUCAUCAGCGGCCAACUCAACAGAAAGUUCAAUCAUUCCCAUCAAGAAGCUCGUAGUCUUGUUGGAUUUGCAUGGAUUUUGUGGAAUCAAGGGAUGGGACUUGAAUUCGUGGACCCACUGCUAAGAGAGACAAGCCCUGCUCGUGAAAUAUUAAGAUGCCUACGUAUAGGCUUGCUCUGUGUUCAAGAAGAUGCGGAAAGUAGACCAACCAUGUCUUCUGUUCUUCUCAUGCUUGGGGGUGAAUGUUUGGCACUUCCGAUGCCGACGGUACCUGCAUUUUCGACGAGAAAAAUCAAAGAUGGUUCCAGCAAAUCAGAAUCUUCUUCCGUGAACGGGGUUACAGAUACUGAAGUUAAUCCAAGGUAA